AAGAAAUAUAAUAUAUGUUUGUAUAUUAUAUUUUCGAAUAAUAUUGCAGGGCAUCGUCUAUGUCGAGCAGAAAACAUCAUCGGUGUUCUUGAGUAGGAAUGAUUAAUGGCUUAUUUUAAUAUUUCUUAGUAAAUUUUUCCUUGUCCCCUAUAGUUUUCUUCAAAUACGUAUCGUAAUCGUUACUGGGAUUAAAUCAGAAGGAAAAGAUGUGAGGUAAUAUUGAUUGAAAGAGUAGUGCAUUUUAAAUUAUUUUAAGAAAUUCUGUAUUCAUAUCAUGCCUGCUCGAAGUGAUAUCCCCAGAACUCCUCCACUUCGGAAACGUAGGUCAGAGACUAAUGUGGAGGAAUCUAGCAAAACUUGCAAUGGUACGGCUGCAGAAGAAACUAUCAAGUAUACAGAAGAGCAACUUCUAGCAGUUGAGCAAAUACGCAAGUGUAAAGAUUAUUAUGAAAUAUUAGGAGUUACAAAAGAUGCCAAUGAAUCUGAUCUUCGUAGACAGUAUAAAAAAUUAGCACUUCAAUUUCAUCCUGACAAAAACAAAGCACCUGGAGCAGUUGAAGCUUUUAAGGCAAUUGGAAAUGCAUUUGCUGUAUUAAGUGAUCCUGUAAAAAGGAAACGAUAUGAUAUGUAUGGCUUGGAAGCAAUGCAAACAACAGAAAAUCCUCAACGCGAAGGAUAUUUUGCUUAUGCACAUGCUUUUGAAGGUGAUAUUACUCCUGAGGAGCUUUACAACAUGUUCUUUCAUGGUAAUAGCAACAUGUUCUUUCAGGGACAAACAUUUGUUAGAAGGGAUGGACGGUGGCAACGAUAUCAAACUCGACCGCCAUAUGAGCAGGAUGGCCGCAGCACUUUGAUGCAGAUUUUGCCUCUUGUUUUUAUCAUAUUAGUAUCAGUAUUGAGUUCUUUCUUUGUUUCUGACCCUCCAUACAGUCUGCAGCGAACUACGAAGUAUUUGUAUGAACAAAAAACAAGCAAUUUAGAUGUUCCGUAUUAUGUUCGAGAAAACUUUCUUGAAGACUACAAAGGUCGAAUCCCUCACAUAGAAAGGCAAGUUGAAGAAGAGUAUAUAGUAACAAUCCGGACUUCAUGCUUUAGGGAAAGAAAUUAUAAAGAAAACAUGAUAUGGAGAGCUAAACACUUCAAAGACAUUUCUUUAGAAAUCAAAGCUCGGGAGUUAAGAACACCUUCAUGUGAUAUUUUAAAUGAUUUGUACAAAAGUUUAAAAUAGUAGUUUUAUUAGUAGUUUUUAAAAUUAUUUUCUUCCUACGUGAUCCCAUACUGUGAGAUUUUUACCAAAGUCUCAAAGAAAAUGUUAUAUUUUUAAUAUGCAAACUGUAUUCAGAAUACAUCUAAAAUAAAUGUAAUUAAAAUAAAAGUAUUCUAGUGCCCAGUGGAAUGUUUCAAAAACUAAAUUUAUCCCAUUUUAUUUGAAGUUUAAGGAAAAAGGAAAGCCAUAUUCUUUUUCUUCAUAUUAUGGCAGUAAGUUAAUAUUAUAUUUGACAGUCGUUCUGGCAUAUAUUUCAAGAGUAUAAUAUCUUAAUGUUUUGCACUUUAUUUUAUAUUUUCUUUUAAAUAACUGAAAUAUAUGGAAAUAUGUUUGCUAUAAUCAAUCUGGCUUUUGUACCAAGAAAAAAUAUACUUCCAGCAUAUAUACUUUUUUAUUAGAAAAUAUACCAUUGUUUCGAAAUUAUCAUUUGAAUCUCAGUUUUUGCUUUGAUUUGAAAGCAGUCUACUGUGACUUAUCUUGUAAAUAUAUAUGUUUAUAUAUGCUGUUCUUUAAAGAAUGAAACUGAUUUCUUAGAUAAGAAUUUUUUUUACAAUGAUCUUUUCCAAAAUAACUGGUACUAACUACAGUGCAUUUCGGUAAAAGUUUCUUGAAAGUUGAUUCUUAAGCGUAAGAAUCAAGAAAAGUGUCUUUCUCCUAGCUUAUUAUAAUAAACAUCACUUAAGUUCAAAUCUAGGAUAUAUAGUGGACGGGAAGCACAUUCAAUACUAUUUUUGUUCAUUUAUUGCAUUGUAAUAUUUGCCGCAAGAUGGCGAGUUGCAAGCAACCUGUUAUUGAUAAUCCAUGUUCCUAAAAAUGAAAGGCAAUCAUCAUAACUUUUACAUCUGAUCUUGAUGACUUUUGCUUUCCAGAAAAACAUAUGCAUUCUUUUGCAAUUUUACUGUUACUCACUCUCAAGCACAACACUGAAGGCAAAACUCAAGUGCAAGUAGAAUUAUAUAACUACAUAUUGCUUCAUAAAAGUAGCAUCCAUUUUGUCUGAAGGCAUAAUGAGAAACGAAUUUACUUUCAUCGUUGUCAUUCACAUGGGAAUUGCAAUAUCAUGUAACUAUCUAUAACAAAAGUAAUGAAAUAAACCUAGGGCUGUUCAAAAAUAUAAUUUAGCUUUUGUAGCUGCAAGGUAGGUAGCCCUAUAUACAUUUAUAUAUAUAGAGAGAGAGAGACAGAAAUGAAAAUGUGUUUUGACUGUCUGCAAAGAAAACAAUUUCAUUUGUUAUUGAACAGCUCUUGUAUGAAUCAAUUUUUUAACUUAUCACAUAAACGUACAACUAUGUGAGUUUUGUUAUUUGGCUUGUAAUGUUCUAAUUUACUUAGAGUGAGACACAAAACCAAAGAAGGUUAGCCUUUGUGUCGUGAGAGAAAUUUGAAACUUAUAAAACUUUUGUUGUUCUUGGAUGAACUAAGAUAUAUAUACUUUAAUUUAAUGAUUGUUGUAAAGUGAUUUAUAUUUAUUUUUGUGUAUUUUGAUUAAUUAGAAAAAAACUUGAUUUUGAUUUUUAAAAGAGCAUUCCCGUAGUGCAAGGAUGGUAGAUCUAAAUACUAGGUGAAGUUAAUUUUGUUAAUAUAAUGCUGUUUAACUUUAGAUUAUGUAAAAACAUAUAUUAAAAAUUUCAUUAUUAUCUUAUUAAAGUAUUAAUAAUUGAAAUAAAAAAAAAUAAAAUGAACAUGGAAAAAAGUCAUUGCUAAGAUGCAAGACUAUGUUCUGUUUGAUUUUAGUUUUGCUUUUAAAACAAAUGUAUUUAUAUGACUUGAACCAGUAUUAUUGUCCAUUAACUUCAAAAAGAACUCAUUGAUUAUUAUGAAUUUCAAAUAAAUUAGUUUAUAUGAAAAUGCUGCUAAGUUUUGGGACUGUAUUAUCUGCUAGUUGGUGUUUCGUCUUCUUUUUAUUGGAUUUCUUCUACAUAUAACUUUUAGGAAUUCAUCUUACUCUUCAUCACAUCAUCAUUGCAUUCCUUGAUCAUCUGUAAAUUAGACUGAAUUUCCACUAGUUAAUUAGUAACAGUGUGAGUUACAGCAGUUGCCUUGCUUAGUUGCAUUCUUAACCAUAAACUCAUUAAAUGAACUGGUGCUUUAAAAAUUAAUUUCUGAUUCGGUGUUAAUUUUUAAGUUCUUGGACUGUUAUUUUUAGGAAUUGUCUUAGCAGAUGGGUAAACUAAGCUAAAGAAUAACAGUAUAAUAUUCCUUUGAAUUACAUAACUAAUUCAUUCCACAAAUUCAUAUGUAACUUGAAUUUUAUUUGAAUUUGCAAAUUGCUUAAGUGUAACUUCACAAGAAACUGCAGUAUGUAUUAUAUAUAUUUAUAUUAUAUACACAGUAUUAAAAGAUGCAUCUGGAAAGUUUGGUGAAUGAUCUAAAAAAAUAAAGGAAACAAGAGUUACAAACAAAAAUACCUUUACAGCCUUCAGAGUAAUCACUAUUAGCUACAACACACGUCUGACAUCAGUUGUAAACCUGUGGGGAACUGCCAGCAAAUGUUUCUUGUGGAGUUAUUUAAUGCACGGGGGUCAUGGAUUUUGGAUAUCUGCAAUGUCUACAAAGCGUAAGCCUUUCAGGGCUAAUUUAAAGCAGGAAAACAAGCUUAAAAAAAAAAAAAAAAAAAAAAAAAAAAAAAAAAAAGUCUGCUGUCACCAAAUCUGGAGAAUAAGAAGUUUAUUGAAGAGAAGUCACCUUGCAUUGAGUGAGAAAGUUGAACACGUGGAUCGUAGUGUGGGGACAGAUGUUGCUGUAGAGGAAAUUUCCCUGUCCACUCCAGUAUAGUUCUGGCCAUAACCCAUCGGAUGCAUUGCAGCAGUUGUUUCAAAAUUUCCUUGUAAACUUCCGCAUCGGCUGUUUGACCUUCGGGUAGAAAUUCAUGAUGGAUCAAGACCUUGCUAUCGAAAGGCAAGCAACGUUGUCUUUAUCUUGGAUUUUGUCAGCCAACAUUCUUGGGAGGCAGGGAACAUGAUGAUCACCAUGCCACUGACUGUUGCUUGGUCUCCUGAUCUUACUCGUAGCACUAGGUCUCAUCUCCUCUAAUGAUGGUUUAAAAAAUCUUUGGAUUACAAUCAAACAUUUCAAGGAAAUCUCCAGAUGUUUCCAUCUGCAUUUGCUUCAGCUCGCAAUGUGUGUGAUACAAACCGAGCACAAAUCAUUCGCUGUUUUAAAUGGUCAUGAAUGAUAGUGCUUAUACUGCCGUAGCUUAUCUUCAACACUUUUGCUAUCAUUCUCAAAGACAGCCUCCAAUCAUCCACGAGCAUCCAUUGUGCUUGUUCAAUGUUAUCUUGGAUUGUGCUUGUUGAUGAUUGACCCGAAUGCUGUUCAUCUUCGACACCUUCCUUUCCAUAUCUAAAGCAUUUAAAAACCACUGAAACAUACUCUUACUCACUGCUUCAACACUUACUACCCUACACUUGCACUAGCAUUCCAUGAGUCUUCGUCAUCGUUUCCUUUAAUUUGAAGCAAAACAUCAUGUGAACGCAUUACACCAUUUUGCAAUGACACAAAUUCUCACACUGACUCCAUUAGCAUGGUCACAGCUUGCACCACUGCUUAACUUCAGUGAUUUGCGUGAUAAGGGGUGCUUGUUAACAUGUCUGUCAAUGCAUAUGUAUAUCAUUCUAACCAACACAGUUUUUAACAUAAGGAACCAUUCACCUAACUUUUCAGACGCAUCUUGUGUCUUAUAAAUGGAACAUCAUACAGUACUAUUUACUUGAAUUUAUAAGACAUAAAAGUAUAACAAAUAUCCAAAAGAAUACAAAAACAAGCUGAAAUAACACUUUUCAACUAAAAGAAGUCAUGGGAAAGCUGAUUUGGUUUUGCAGUAGGAGAAUUGGCAAUGAAGUUGGAUCGUUAUAAAGAAAAACACUGUUUUCUGCAACUUCUGUCUUUCUUGAUGUUGGAGUCUGAGAUCAGUCAGAAUUGUUUAAGUUGUCAUCUUGACAUUGUUGGCAGCAGAAUCUAAAGUAGAUUGUUGGUCUGGAGCAGAUUGUUAUCACAAAAAUUUUUAACUGUAGGUGGCCUUAUAGUUAGCCACAUCAAUAAUAUUAUAUUUAUUACCUUCACAAACUGCUUGUUGUUCGAAUGUAAAUUUUCUUAUGUAAAUCUUUGUGUAAAGACCUAGCAUUCUCAUGAAUAAUCAGAAAAUGCAAUGUUAUCCACUUCUGUGGCAGGCCUUCAAUCCAAUGAGACAGCAAAUUUUCUGUUUCAGAAAUUGGUCACAGAUUUUUCUUGGUAAUGAUUGCUUCAUAAUAAUUGUGUCCUUCAAGUUUGGUGCAUCUUUCAUGCUUUCAAUAGAGCAAGCAUUAUCCUCCGCUAUUGUAUUCAGUCUUGAAAAAGGCUGAUUUAUGUUCUGAGCUGUUAUAAUUUUCCUAUUUCGUAUAAAUAUGAGUAAUUUUCAUGCUUUCUAAAAUAAUUGCAGUUUUUUAGAUUUAUUACCAGUGCAUUAAUUAUAUGUCUUAAAUCAAUUUGAAAGGUAAAUAAAUAGCAAACACUAACAGUGGUAAACAAGUAACUAAAGUAACUGCACAAAUAUUGUUUGAAUGCAAGAAGUGCUUUUUGGGGGAAAGGAGGAAUUGUUUAUGGAGUCCAUAUUUUUUACUGUUAGGUUUCAUUGUGAAUGUUAUGGCUUUUAUGAUCAUGCAUAACUGCAGAUUUAUGUAAGUUGAGGGGUGGUUCUGCAUUAAAAAUGUGGCACAAAAAUUAGAAAAGUAUGUGGCUUGUUAAAAUGUCUGAUGUUCAUUGCAUAGCUGUCAAGUCCAAUGUUUGAAUGUAAGAAGUGUAAAAUGAUUUCAAAAUUUUUAAAGCUGAACUGAAGGAAAUUUAAAACGUUUCAUAAAUACAUAAACUAUCAAACAUAAGAAGCAUAAGUAUUAUAAAAUAAAACAAAACUUAAUGAAGCCGCAUUGAAUCAAGUUUAAAAAAUAUAAGAUAACAGGAAAUAUCACGUAGAACUUUUAAUACUCAACACAGAUUAAAUCAAACUGUUCGAAUAUUUUAUGAAUACUGUUAAGAGUUUAUUUAUGCAGUUUUAAACAAAUAGUACAUGUGCUUUAUGUAGCCAGAUUUAAUAAGCUUUUACUUGCUAUAAUUUAUAUGUGAAUGAUUGCAUUUUAUCUUUGGGCACUGUGUAGUAUCAAGCUAAAUGAUGAAUGUAAAUAUUCAUGUAGAUAAAUGGUACAUAAAGGUAGAUUUUGCUGUGAGAGAUAAGUUUGUAAAAGGCUUACCAUCCUUGCUAUGAAGUGACUUAAGGUAAAUUUUAAACUCAGCUGGCAUGUAGUGUGUCGUGACAAACUAUUUAUUGUAUUUUCUCUCAUUUGAAAAUAUAUAUAGUGUAUUUAGUUUUCAAUUUUCCUCUAAUGGUGCUUAUUGUAGAAUUGAUUUCGAUCACAUUGACAUUGUGUUAGAUUUUUUUAAAUUUAAGAUGAAGAGACCUUUAAAAUUUGAGUUAUUUAUUAUUAGUUCAAACAUUCAUGAUUUAUAUGUGAGGAAUAUAUAAGAUAUUUGAAAUGAUGUGUUUGAAUUUUAAAAAUACAAAUUUAAAUUUUAGUAGCUUUCUUGUAGCAUGAAAUUUUUAUUCUUCAUUAUAUCAUUCUUCAUUUUUGACACUUUUCAUAUUAUUAAUCUAAUAUUUUUGUACUAACCAAUGUGAAAUUUUAUGAUUUUGAUCAUUAGAUUUGAUUAUGAAUUUGAAUUUAUAUUCUUUGGUUGUGAUUUAAUAUAUCUAGUACUGUCAAACCCAUUUAUACUGAAUUUAUUAAUAUCAAAUUGUUACAUAUUUCAAACUUAAAAUAUUAACUCUAAAACUAGUAAAUGAAGAAUGUGAAUGUAAAAGCUGUAUUGAGAAGCUGUGUUUGUUAUAUUGAAUAUGUAUAUUACAAAUAUUCCCCAAAACCUAAGAAGCUAAUAAUUGUAGUACUUUUUGAAUUUUAAUUAUUCAUUUUAUUUUUUGUAUGUAGGCUGUACAUAUACUGCUUCAUUGAAUAGAUGUCUUGAAGCAUUCAGAAAUAUAAAUUCAAAACUUUAAGCAAAUACUUUUAGCUUUACCAUUAAAGAACAGUAUAAGAAAAAAAAAAAAAACAGUGCAAUUGAUUGAUGACUGCAAUUAUAUGAGUUUUGGGAAUACUAUUAAUUAUUAAAAAUAUUGCUGAAAGACAAAAUUUCCUUUUCUGCAAAAUUAGAAAUAUAUAAAGUGCAUAAUAUGAAAAAUGGAAGUCAAAAUGUUCCUUAGCAAACAAAUAUAAAUGCAGCAGUUAAAAAAAAAUUGUGUGUUUCUCAAGUGUCCCAGUUUAAAUCCAGUUUCCAAGCAUAUUUGCACGUAUGCACUGAUAAUACUAAAAAUGCUUUACUGGCCAGAACUUGCAUGAAAUGCUCUUUAAUAAUUUUUGUGUAUAUUUGGCUUCAUAAUGUUCCUAUUAUUUUUGCUCUUAUAUUAUAUCUAAAGGUAAAGGGAUUUACGUUAUUCUGGUUUAAAACUGUAUUGAGAAAAAAUAGAAUUGAAUUAUGAGACAUUUUUAUAAGAGAAAAUGGAAGAUUUGUAGAUGCAAAUUAGUCAAAUAUAAUCUGUACAUCAUUCACAUAAUUUUUUUAUUAUAUAUUUUAUAUGCUUGUAUAUAUGUAAUAUUAAUAUUCAGAAUUUUAAAUCAUAUUUAUAAAAGAUAAAUAUAUAAUUAUUUUUAGUGAAAUUAUUCACAUGUCAAACAUUUAUGAUAGAAUAUUGAAAUUCAGUAUAAAUGGGUUUCACUGUAUGUACAGAAAACUUUUGUAUAUAUUUUAAGCAUAUUACAAUAAAAUAUUUCUUUUUUGGGAAGAACACAUAUAUGUGAGUUUUCCUACAGGUUCCUACAGUAUUUUUUAAAAGCAAUCAAAACAUUUUGAUGCAUAUAUUACAAUUAUUUAGUACUUUGGAAACUUGUUUACAGAAACAUUUUCAUUGAAGUUGAAGCCAUAGGUUAUUGUAUUUAUUAAGAUUUUUCAUUAAUUAGUUGCAGAUUAUUUGUCACAAAGUUUAUUAAUAAUGAUAUAUUAAGGGAAAUUAUUUGUGCAUAUCCGUAAUAAUAUAGGCUUUGUGCAUUUUAAUGUUUGGGAUUAAAAAAUUUAAACUUGCUUCAAAAAUAAAUGUUCAGUUCUCUUGCAAUUUUUUUGUAUAGUUAUUAUUUUGUAUACACAAGGUAUCCAAGGGAGUUUGCUUUUUCUUCCAUGCUUGUAAUAUAAAGGCAGUAUUGUAGGAAUUAUUUUUAUUCUAUUAGUGUCAUAAGUAGAAAACUGUUUAUAGUUAAACUUUUAUAUUUAUUUUAGGAAAAAACAGAUAUUUUAUGCUCACCCCCCCAAUGUUAUUUAGUGUUUUAUAUUUUUUAUUCUAUUUAAACUGCAUUUACUUUUCCAUGUUUGUUGCAGAUGAAAUGUUUGAUAUUUCUUUUAUAUAGCAAAAAUAUUCUACUUUAUAAAUGUAGUUAUAAAUAAAAACCGCAAAUAUUUUGUGUUUUUUAUUAUAGUAGAAUUUUUUUUUUCUCUCUGGAGAAUAUAUUAAGAAAGUGAUAUUAAUGUGAUAUUUAUUUUAUAUAAAUUAAAAAUUUCUUGAGAUAGGGAACACUUCAAUGCUAAUCAUAUAUUAAUGAGGAACUUUCAGAUACUUUUAACAAAUUUUGUUCUAGAAAUUGUUUCUUUCAAAUCUAGAAAUUGUUCAAUUUAUGACAGUAUUUUCUCUAUUAGAUUUUGCAUAUAAUUCCACAAGGAAAGGUGUCUGUUUUAAAAUGCAUUUCUUUCUUCAUGGUAUUUUACACGGCUUUUGAUUUCAUUGCAUUCUGAAAUUUUCAGUAUCUCUAUACAGAUACUGUAUUGCAGCAAGUUAUGGGAAUGCAUUAUUCUUAAGUUUUUUCUCAAAUGACCCCAUUAUCUUCUGUAUGUGCAACAUACAGUUUUUAUCAUUCUUUGGUAACUUUUCCAACAUGUAUUAAACAGAAAAGAAUGUUGCAUUUGAAUGAAUUAUACAGGCAUGCAUAUAUUUUCUCAAGUACUGUAUGAAUGUAUUUGCUCAGAGUUGCUGGAAAGGUAUGUCAUCUGCCAAAAAAGGCAAUGUAGAGACAUCUAUAUAUGUGUAACAUUCUAUCCAACUGAUUGCAACUGUAUUUUUUCUUCAAAUCUGAUUAAUAUAAAAAAUCAAAAUGUCUUCUAUAUGGGAAAUAUUACUGAUAAAAUUCCUUUUAGAGAAAAACUUGAGUGACUGAAAAGUUGUUAAAUAGUAAAAAAAAAAAAAAAUUAACUCUCAAAUGGGGUUCUUUGCAACAGUGUUAUUCAACUGUAUAUUUCAACUUCAAUGGAAAUGCUUCAUUGAAAAAAUAAUGAAACUGAAGAAGAUCUGGAAAUGUUUUUAAGUAUGAUUUUUUUUUUAGCCUCCUGUGUGCCAAUGAGCAAGUGCAAUUCUUAAUAAGUCCUGUUGUACAGAGAAGUUACUAUAUGUACAGCAUAUUGUAAUUUAUACUGGAUUGUACAAAGCCUAUUUUCAUGUUAUGUUUUGUCAACUUGACAAGAAACCAUAAAAAUUUUUACACAAAAAA